AUGACGGAUCAGGGUGAAAAGAAGGGUCUCUGGAGCAUGCUCCGCAGGGCCAGCUCCAGAAGACAUUCGACGAAACCUCCGCCAAAAGACCUUGAGCCUAGAGAGUACCAUCGCCCUCGUCGUGCUAGUAAUGGCGACAUAGGCCAUGCGCCAUUUCGCCAAAGUAUUGGUUCAGCUCCCGAUCUUACCUACGAUAGUCAGCGUCCGCCGACUGCUGAAGACGAGUCCAACAUGCGCCGCAGACAGAAAAGAGGACAGCCCGAACCCGAGCCCGAACCCCGAUCAUCCCCAAUACGGUCCAAGUCGUCCGGCUUUCUUAACAAGUCCCGCGCAUCGAAUGGACCCAGACCAUCGAAUGGACGUCCGGUUCGUGCUCGGGACCCUCAAUCAGCAUGGCCACCCUAUGGCAUUUCUAUGAACGAUGAACUACCUCAUCAACAUGCCUUGGAGCUAGUUGCUCGAGGUGCUCCCUCUCAUAAAGGCCACAAACUACCUAUACCGCAUCAACCCGAAGAAUUCUACGCUCUUUAUACGACAUCGAGUGGAAAUCGAGGUGAUGGAAAGUCUUCUGACAAUACCGAUGUUUCGAACCUCCAUGACUCCAUGACACAGCUCAUGACGCUACGCCUUAUAGGCCAUGGUUACGCAGACCGGCCAUGGGAGACCCUCGAGCAACCGAGUUUCGCCUUCUUCUUUGGUCACCUACCUGGAACCAUCACGCUCAACGAAUGGGCCUCAAUGUCCAGUGUUCUUCCACCUACAAUUGCCCUCCGAGAUGCGGGAGUCAUGCCUCGCACCAUGAGUCUCGAAAGUAUAUUCGAUCGACUGCAGGAAUUACGGCAUGGUAUAGAGGACGACGACGAGUCUUUGCUCUAUCGCGUUCUUUACAAGCGUAUUUUGAGGGACCCCGAGAAGUUUCUUAAUCCCCACAAGACCCUCGACAAGCAGAUUACGGAUCUUAUCAUGGUUCUGUCUCGCCCGGACUGGAUCGACUUUAGUAAUCCCCGGAAUCAAGUUGCUACGCGCUUCAUCUUCGACAGAGGCCCCGGGAAUGAGGAGCAGUUUCACAAAUUCUUUCACCAACUUCUGCUAAGUCUAGAGCUUGAGUUGCGCAUUCAGUCAGACCAACAUAGUGAUUGGGCAAAAGAGAAAUUGACAUCACAAAUACCCCCGUCAAUACAGUGGAAUCUGGCCCUUGCUCGUCGUUGGCAGGAUUUUGUGCGUGUUGAUGAUGUUGGCAAAACACCUGAAGAGAGUGAGUGA